CAGUGCCUCCCACCGCCGCCGCCGGCGCCCCGCAGGCCCGGGCGGGUCAGCUGCCGGGGAAGGCAGCUGGCGGCAACGGGAAAAGCAAAGCAGACGCAUCUGUUCUACCUUUGAGGUCCAUUGAAGUCCACUGUUGCACUGGGCAGCACACCUGAACUGGAUUUCUGCGUGCCCACAUUCAGCACACUGCAAGAGGGACAGUGACUCCAAAACCUACCGAAAGAGGGAAGGAGAGAUUCCUCAUCUAGCCCAUCUGUAGAGCUGCUCAGAAAGCAUGGAGCAGAUAAAGCCAGGGCAAGGCACCCAGAGGAGGAGACGGGGGGCCUGCUGCUGGAAGGUAACUGCUGCUGCUGCCGUGGCAGGCACUGCAACAGCCCUCUGCCUGGGGAUCCUGCUGGCCUGCCAUUCCACAGGAGAGGCCAGCUUUGAGCACACAGUGGAGCUGCAAGGAAUCCCAUUCAAUAGCAGCUUACAGACAGAGAACUCAGACUACUACAGGGUGCUGACACCUGCUCUUGAGAGGCUGUUUCUGUCCAGUCUCCAGGACUCCCAGCUGAACUGGAGUUGCACUGGUUGCACCAUCCUGGGCUACCGGAAUGGAAACUCCGGUGUGAUCGUCCAUUUCCGCCUCCUCUUCAGCCCCCAGGAUUCCCAGCCCCUGAGCUCUACCUUGGAGGAGGAAGCUUUCAGGCAUGGGCUGGCCGCUGCCCUGCACAAGCAGGGUUUCUCCCUGGCUGCCUACGGGACCAUCUCCUCAGCCUCUCUCACAGGUCCCAGUAAGGUUUCUUCCCACAGACCUGGACUGAAAUCAGACUGUGGGAGUCGUCCUGCCAUGCAGACUGCCAGCAGGAUAGUUGGAGGCUCAGAGGCAUCCAGAGGGGAGUUCCCAUGGCAAGUCAGCCUUCGAGAGAACAAUGAGCACUUCUGUGGCGCUGCAAUCCUUACAGAGAAGUGGCUGGUGUCUGCUGCUCACUGCUUUACUGAGUUUCAGGACCCAGCCAUGUGGGCAGCUUACACAGGGACCACCUCCCUCAGAGGCUCAGAUGGCAGUGCAGUGAAGAUGGACAUUGCACAGAUCAUCCCACACCCCUCUUACAACGCUGACACAGCUGACUAUGAUGUGGCCGUGCUGGAGCUGAAGAAACCUGUGACCUUCACUAAGUACAUCCAGCCCGUGUGCCUGCCAGAUGCUGGCCAUCACUUCCCCACCAGCAAGAAGUGCCUUAUCUCUGGCUGGGGCUACCUCAAGGAGGAUUUCUUGGUGAAACCGGAGUUCCUGCAGAAAGCAACAGUGGAGCUCCUAGACCAGAACCUAUGUUCCAGUCUCUACAGCCAUGUCCUCACAGACAGGAUGAUGUGUGCUGGCUACCUGGAGGGGAAGGUUGACUCCUGUCAGGGUGACUCUGGUGGGCCUCUGGUUUGCCAAGAACCAUCUGGCAGGUUUUUUCUGGCGGGAAUUGUGAGUUGGGGUAUUGGAUGUGCUGAAGCCAGGCGGCCUGGGGUUUACACACGUGUUACCAAACUCAGAGACUGGAUCUUGGAUGCUAUUUCUGCCUUUCCUACCUCCAUAGCCCGUACUGUUCCUCCAGUGCACUUGAGGACUAACAGUAACAUGGUCAGUGCUGAAGAGAUCAACACCACCACUGGAGCAACACCGACCACCUUACCAGCCCCAGCUGCCAGCAGGCCAGGGGCUGCAGCAGGACCACAAGAGUGUGGAGGACGACCCGGGUUCUCUAAACCCAGCAAGAUUGUGGGAGGAACAGAUGCUUCCAGAGGAGAGAUCCCUUGGCAAGUCAGCCUGAAAGAAGACUCCAGACAUUUCUGUGGAGCCACCAUCAUUGGGGACCGCUGGCUGCUGUCAGCAGCUCACUGCUUCAAUGAGACAAUGCCAGAAGAGAUUGAAGCCUAUGUGGGAACAACAUCAAUAAACGGAACAGACGAGAAUGCAGUGAAAGUCAAUGUAACAAGAGUGAUCCCACAUCCCCUCUUCAACCCCAUGAUUCUGGACUUUGAUGUGGCUGUACUUGAACUGGCAAGACCUCUUGCCUUCAACAAAUACAUACAGCCUGUGUGCCUCCCACUUGCCAUGCAGAAGUUUCCUGUUGGCAAGAAAUGCCUCAUUUCUGGAUGGGGUGACCUCCAAGAAGGGAAUGACACCAAGCCCGAGAUCCUGCAGAAAGCAUCUGUGGGCAUCAUAGAACAGAACACCUGCAACUUCCUCUACAACUUCUCCCUCACUGACCGAAUGAUCUGUGCUGGCUUCAUGGAGGGGAUGGUAGACUCAUGCCAGGGAGAUUCAGGUGGGCCCUUGGCCUGUGAGGUGACUCCAGGAGUGUUUUACCUUGCUGGCAUCGUGAGCUGGGGAUUUGGUUGUGCCCAGGCUAUGAGACCUGGUGUGUACUCCAGAAUUACCAAGCUCACAGACUGGAUCCUGGACACCAUCUCCCAGCUGCCCAGUGGUGGCACAAGCAUCCCCUCGAGCUCAGCCAUCCCUAGAACUUCUACCACAGCUGUUUUUAUCCAGCCCAGCACAAUGGCUGCAGGUCCAGCCGGCAGAACCACCCUGCGGACAAAGAUGAAUACAACCACAAGCAAAACUUCUACAGCUCUGACAACGACCGAGACUGCCAAGCCUACCCAAACCCCAGUGGUGCCUUGUACCAGCCUCACUUUCAAGUGUUCCAGCAAGGUGUGUAUUGGAAAAGAAAAUCCCGAAUGUGAUGGUGUUGAGGACUGCAGCAAUGGCUUCGAUGAGCACAACUGUGACUGUGGCUCAACAACAGCUCUGGCCUUUAGCAAGAUCGUGGGCGGCAGCAGCGCGGCUCGAGGAGAAUGGCCCUGGCAAGUCAGUCUCUGGCUCCGGCGGAAGGAGCACAAGUGUGGGGCUGUCCUUAUUGCUGACCGGUGGCUGCUCUCUGCAGCUCACUGCUUUGACAUUUACAGUGACCCCAAAAUGUGGGUGGCCUAUCUAGGAACACCCUUCCUGAGUGGCAUCGAUGGCAAAAUGGAGAAAAUAUUUCGUAUCUACAAACACCCAUUUUACAACGUCUACAGCCUAGACUAUGAUGUGGCACUACUGGAGCUGAGCACACCUGUCAUGUUCAGCAGCACCAUCAGACCUAUAUGUCUCCCAGACAAUUCUCACAUCUUCCAUGAAGGGGCCAGAUGCUUCAUCACAGGCUGGGGCUCCACAAAGGAAGGAGGUCUCAUGUCAAAGCAUCUGCAAAAAGCAGCAGUGAACGUGAUCGGAGACCAGGCCUGCAAAAAGUUCUACCCUGUCCAGAUCAGCAGCAGGAUGCUGUGUGCUGGUUUCCCACAGGGCACCGUCGACAGCUGCUCAGGUGAUGCAGGUGGGCCCCUGGCAUGUAAAGAACCUUCAGGGAAGUGGUUUCUAGCAGGAAUCACAAGCUGGGGCUAUGGCUGUGCCAGGCCAUUCUUCCCUGGUGUCUACACCAAAGUGACAGCUGUCCAAGGCUGGAUUGUGCAGAACCUCAAGCUCUGAAACUGCAUUUCACCACUCAGGGAAGGUGGUGAAUGAGAGGAGUAACUGCCAGAGGAUGCACUAACCCCUCAGCUACUGUACAUUUUUCUGAUGCUGCAAAGGGGUGAAGACAGCCUUGCAGGUGUUGUGUGACCUGCUGGUUGUUAUCAAAGCAUUUGAUAACUGCUUUGCAUAGAAAGGUACAAAUUCUAAACUUUUUCUAUAA